AAAAAAAAAAAAAAAAAACAAACAAACAAACAAAAAAAGAAGUAGCGAAUAAACGUUGCAAGCAUUUGCGAGAGGGGGAAGCAGCCAUUGAAGCUUUUUCGAGAGGUGGAAGCAGCCAUUAAAGAGGAAGAAGCAAUUUCAAUGGAGGAGAAGCCCAAACUACUGAUACUCUACGCAACUCAGACCGGUAAUGCCAUGGAUGUUGCUGAACGCAUCGGUCGAGAAGCUAAUCGCAGAGGUUGCCCUGUCUCUCUCCUGUCCAUCGACCAAUUUGACCCCGGUUUGCUGCCCAAUCAAAGAGCUGUAAUUUUUGUUGUGUCUACCACAGGCCAGGGGGACACACCUGAUUCAUUGAAGGUGUUUUGGAGGCAUCUAUUGCAAAGGCACCUUACUCGAGACUGGUUGGGAGGAGUACACCAUGCAGUUUUUGGAUUGGGAGACUCAGGAUACCAGAAAUACAAUUUUGUUGCAAAGAAGCUGGACAAAAGGCUUUCAGAUCUUGGCGGAACACCUAUUAUUGAAAGAGGUCUUGGAGAUGAUCAGCAUCCAUCAGGGUACGAGGGAUCUCUAGAUCCUUGGAUGUCUUUAUUAUGGAGUUCAUUAUAUCAAAUAAAUCCAAGCCUCUUUCCGAUCGGAGUAGAUGUCGUUCCAGAUAUGAAACUUCUGGAUCAAUCUAAAGUGUCUGUAAGAUAUCAUGUCAAAGAUGGGGCGAGUUUAAUAUACUCAACUACGCCAGAUUUGGAGUCCAGGGCAUCGCAGAUUGAAAGAGCUCGCUUGAUGUCUCCUGCGAGAUUUCCUUCAGAUAAGAGUAGGCCUCACUGCUGGUUAAAAAUGACAAGAAACUGUUUACUUACACGAGCAGGCUCUGGGAGAGAUGUCCGACAUCUUGAAUUUGGAUUUCAUUCAAUUGAAGUUGAAUAUGAAGUUGGCGAUGUGGUUGAGAUGCUUCCAUCUCAAAAUCCUGAUGCUGUAGAUGCAUUCAUACGUCGUUGUAACUUGGACCCUGAAUCAAUCAUCACAGUUCAAUUGAGAGAUUCAAGCAAUCCUGAUGCUGAUGUUGAUGCUGAUGCUGCAUCUGGCCUACCCGUCAGACUAAGAACAUUUGUGGAGUCGACCAUGGAUGUUGCCUCUGCUUCCCCUAGACGUUACUUUUUUGAGGUGAUGAGUUACUUUGCCACUGCUGAGCAUGAAAAGGAAAGACUAGAAUAUUUUGCUUCAGCUGAGGGCCGAGAUGAUUUAUACCAAUAUAACCAAAAGGAAAGAAGAACUGUCCUUGAGGUUUUGGAGGAUUUCCCAUCUGUCCAAAUGCCGUUUGAAUGGUUGAUUCAACUAAUUCCCCCACUGAAAACUAGAGCCUUCUCUAUUUCUUCCUCUCCUAUCGCUCAUCCUAAUGAAGUGCACUUGACCAUGAGUGUAGUGUCAUGGGUGACACCAUUUAAGAGGAAGCGGUAUGGUCUUUGCUCGAAGUGGCUUGCCGGACUCGAUCCUCAACAAGGAGUUUUUGUGCCAGUAUGGUUCCAGAAAGGCCUACUUCCUGCCCCGUCUCCAUCACUUCCCCUUAUUCUGAUAGGACCAGGAACAGGUUGUGCUCCUUUCAGAGGGUUUGUGGCAGAGAGAGCUGUCCAGAGUCAAUAUGGUCCAACUGCUCCCAUUCUCUUCUUUUUUGGUUGUCGGAAUAAAGAAGAUGACUUCUUAUACAGUGAUUUUUGGUUAUUCCAUUCCCAAGAUGGAGGGGUUCUUUCAGAAGAAAAAGGCGGGGGCUUUUAUGUUGCAUUCUCGAGAGACCAGCCACGGAAAGUUUAUGUACAACAUAAGAUGCAGGAGCAUGGGCAGAGAGUGUGGGAUUUGCUCAGUAAUGGGGCUUCUGUAUACAUAGCUGGUUCCUCAACCAAAAUGCCUUCUGACGUUAUGUCAACUUUUGAAGAGAUCAUUAGCAAAGAAAGUGGGGUUCCAAAGGAAGCUGCUGCAAGAUGGCUCAGGGCAUUGGAGAAGGCUGGUAGGUACCAUGUCGAAGCCUGGUCCUGAGAAAUGUUUUGUCUUAGAUGCUGCUGAAUUUAAGUUUUAGCAUUAACCAUUGAAAUUUUAAUUAAGAGAAUUAUGAAUUGUCAAUUUACCUUGUCUUAUAGUCAAGGUGUGCUGUAAAUUGUAAUUUUGUAAUGCUAGAUGAGCUUCUAUACAGGCAUCAAACA